CCUAAAUCUGUGCUUCCAAAACAUUUCUACGUUUUUAUGAAACGCGUUUCUGCGUUUGGAAAGAACAACGAUUCAUUUUUUGGCCUUUUCAGAUGAACUGGAAUGUAAAACCGUUGCUUUGCGUUUUUCAGCAGCUCUCUCUCUCUCUCUCUCUCUCUCUCUCUCUCUCGUCAGUUCAAUUCAACACUCAGCUCACUUUCGCUCCUCGCGUCAGAUCAUUCUUCCCCUCCUCGCGUCCAUGGCUCCGGUGGCUCCUCGAUCUGGAGAUGCAAUCUUCGCAAACGUCGAGCGUGUGAACGCUGAGCUCUUUACCCUAACGUACGGUGCGAUUGUGCGUCAACUUCUUACUGAUCUGGAGGAGGUCGAGGAAGUCAACAAACAGCUUGAUCAAAUGGGAUAUAAUAUUGGAAUUCGAUUGAUUGAUGAGUUUCUUGCAAAAUCCAAUGUAUCCAGAUGUGUUGACUUCAGGGAGACAGCUGAAGUAAUUGCAAAGGUUGGUUUGAAAAUGUUCUUAGGGGUCACUGCAUCUGUGACCAAUUGGGAUGCUGAUGGAACAAGUUGUAGUCUUGUUUUGGAGGAUAACCCCCUUGUAGACUUCGUUGAGCUUCCUGAUACAUGUCAAGGUCUAUACUAUUGCAACAUCUUAAGUGGAGUCAUCAGAGGAGCCUUGGAGAUGGUGUCGAUGAAGACUGAAAUAACAUGGGUUCGUGACAUGCUGCGGGGUGAUGAUGCAUAUGAAUUGCAAGUGAAACUUCUGAAGCAAGUUCCUGAAGAGUACCCAUAUAAAGAUGAUGAGUAAAUCUCUCCCCAUGGAAUUUUACUACCUUUUUCUUGUUGUUUCGUUUUUUCCUUUUUUCUUUUUCUUUUGGUUCUGGAGACCAGGGAAAAAAAGGGGGGGGGGGGGGGGAGUAGCUAUGGUCUAUGGAACUUCUGCUCAUGUAUAUACAAUUUUAAGAAUGUCUUCUUUCAUGAUUUAUUAUGAAUCUGUUGAAAAUUUGAUAGUGUAGUGAAUUUCAUCCCCUAUUUCUAUGCAUUAAUUUUCUGUUGCUACAUGUUUAAACUUUUCAAUGUUAAAUGUUUAAUUCACCCACAAGGAAAGUCAGGGAUGCAUUGUGAGUGUUAAACUCCGCAGUUUUAUUUAUAGUGAAAGUUGCAAAAUGAACCACAAACUUGCAUUGGCUGCA